CUGGUGUCAUUACGGUCGUGAUUGAGGUUCCGUUUUAACCUUCGUUGUUCCUUUCCAUUGAGAUCUUAUCCAAAGUCUUUUCAGACACAGCGGCUUUAACUUCUCGCCGGCGAGAGAACGAAAAUGGCGGGAAGAGCGGCUUUCUCUGUAUCUUCGUCUCCUUCACUCUGCAUCCCUUACUCAACUACUUCGCUCUCACUAUCUUUCUCUAAUCGGUCGGCACUCUCUGUGCGGAUGUCUCCUCGAACCAACAAGUUUCCCGGGAUUUGCUGCUCUUUGUCUGCUAAUGACAUCAAAGCCGGAACUAAUAUUGAAGUCGAUGGUGCUCCUUGGCGUGUGCUUGAGUUUCUUCAUGUCAAGCCAGGAAAAGGUGCGGCCUUUGUGAGAACUAAGAUCAGGAACUAUGUUAAUGGUAGCACAGUGGAGAGAACCUUUCGUGCUGGAAUCUCCGUCGAGGAAGCAAAUGUAUUCAAAGAAACCAAACAGUUCACAUACAAAGACGGCUCUCAGUUUGUUUUCAUGGAUUUGAGCACAUACGAAGAAACACGUCUCAACGAAUCUGAUAUGGGUGACAAGACGAAAUGGCUGAAAGAAGGAAUGGAAUGCAGCUUGCUCUACUGGAAAGACAAGGUUAUCGAUUUUGAACUACCAAAUACGGUUACGCUCAAAGUGGUUGAUGUUGAUCCUGGCCUUCGUGGAGACACUGCACAAGGUGGAUCAAAGCCUGCGACAGUGGAAACGGGGGCAGUAGUUACCGUACCACUCUUUGUUAACAUAGGUGAAGAAAUUUUGGUGGAUACUAGAACCGGUAUGUACAUGAACCGGGCGUGAACCGUGUCUACACCUAUUUAAUCGGAUCCAAAAUCCAAACCGUUGAGGCUAUUAUAAUCAUUUUUGUAUGUAUAUGCAAAUAUGCAAUGCUCGAAAUGAGGAUAUACUGUAUGUUUAAAAAAAAAAAAAUAUUUGAACACCAGAAGUUUAUUUCGAUCAA